GACAACGUUUCGGUUAUUCGGUUUCCUUAUGCAAAGUGAGCCGGUUUUUCAGUUUUUUUCAUGGGAUUUGUCCCCAUUUAAAGUAUUGACGAGAUUCGAAGGUUUUGACAUUCAAUCAUUUCUCCAUUUGUGAGUCAAACAAACACAACUGGGCAGAGGAGGUCAACGUGAGCACUUGAUAAGUUGCCCGAUUGGAGGGUGAAGUAAACAUCAACAGUUUUGAUCAGACAGACUUUGCGAAGGGAAACUCACACGAUGAAGAUGAAGAUCACCUCCUCACACACUCGAGAGGAAUCGAGUGCACGACAAAGCUAUCAGUUACUAAACAGCAAUAAUGUCCAAGUAAGAGCGUUCAGAACUGAAGAUCUUCAUAAGUGCCAAGAAAUUUUUACCCAAGGUAUGGUGCAGUUGAUCAGUUUGGUACUACGUGUUGUAUUUCCGAGAUACAUAUGGCUUACCUCUGCAUCAAGCUUCUUCGUUCUUGUUCUUGUCAUGUUAUUCCAGUGGAGAAGCGCAGUCUUUCUGCUCUACAUCCUUAUCUGUGCAAUUACACUUUCAAUGUUGUACAUCCAUGUGUACAUAGAGUGUUGGAAGUUCAUCAACUCAUGUUUGGCAACAGACUUGAAGGACAUUGAAAAGGUUUACAUGACCAACAAUGGAUGUCACAUGUGGGUAGCUGAGUGGAAUGGUAAAGUUGUAGGAAUGGUUGGACUCGUUCAUAAUGAGAACCAAAAACCUGGAAUGGCUGAACUUCAGAGGAUGUCUGUAUCACCAGCCUGUAGAAGAAUGGGAAUCGCCGGGAAACUUCUCGACGAACUCCUGAAUUACGCCAAGGAUCAACGGCUAGAAAGACUUGUACUCACCACAACUAACGCACAGACACCGGCCAUUCGACUUUACAGGAAAUAUGGCUUCAAACUGGUGGCAGUUUUCUCUCACCCCUACAAGACUCUUACAGAUCUGCAAUACCACUGCUUUGAACUGCAGCUGUGAGACAAUAAUUUUGCAAACAGAAAGUCCAUGCUAAGACAUCAGCUGCUUACGCCCCCGGACUGAAUGGGACACAACUAACGGCCAGAGCAAUCUUGCAUUUAGAGUAAAUAAAGGCUAAUCGUCGCAUUCGGUGGA